GCCAAAAUCAAUCCCAGAAUCCUCACGCACCGGCGGUGUAUUCAUUUGAAUGGUAAAACUGUGAAACGCUUGCGAUCGUGCACAGAGGGAGUUGCUUUAGUGUUUAACUAGUUUUUCACGUUUUGGAUUCUACACAUCUGAGGAGCGAUCGUAACACCUCACAAAAUGAAUCGCAGUGUUCCUUAUUAUGGCAGCUGGUAAGCAUGUUUGGCAACGGGAAGUCCUGAAGGUCAACCACAAAAACUCCAAUGGCUUUCUGCGACCCAGCGUGCCUAGUUCUGCUGAGAAGAAUAUGAAGCAGGUGGAUAUUAUUAAUAAGGAAGAAUUAGAUAAAGACAGAUUUCAGGUGCAUUACAGAGUACACAGUCCAGGAAAAGUGAAGCGGGCGACAUCUUGCAAAAGAAAGAGUUGUGCAUUGGCGGAGGUGGGCGUAAAGCUGCACCGCAGAUCAUCAGAUGUAGGCCGUUUAUGUGACCCCGGCAUGGCCAACAAGGAAAAUGAGCUGACCUGCUCCGAUGAUGUCCGGGCCUGUGGAUUUCCGGUGAACUCUGCAGAGGCCUCCAAGAUGGCGGGGGCCAGCUCCAAGUACAGUGAUUUUACUGAGCUCUCAAAGGACCAUGAAGCUAUGACCCAGGUUCUUUUUGGAAGAAGUCUAAGACUUAAAGUAGCCCUAACACUAUGGCGAAAAAGUGCUAGUGAAUUAGUGGCCUACCUAAUAAGAAUUCAAGACACAGGUGUGCUGCUUGACUGCUUACCUGUCUUAACAAACAACCUUCAAACAGAAGCACCAUGUUUGUCACUUGGCUGCUGUGUUGACCUCAUGCCCCAAGUCAAAACAAUCCUUACCAGUAAAUAUGAAGAACACAUAACUGUGGGUUUACACUGGGUUCAAUCCGUCAUCAGGAAAUGGUGGCCAGAACUUUCUAGAACUGAAAAAAGACUGCAGGACAGUUGUGCAGAAGACAGGAACAUGGAAGUCAUGAAGCAGCGGCUAAAGGACUUGUGGAAGGAAGGAACCCGAUUAUGUUUGGUUCCAGGAACUACGGGAGAGCUGGCAAAGGGCAUCGAGGCUUAUCUGUUGCAGCUGCCCUGACAGUUGUCAAUGUAGCACUCUCGGGAUGUGACCACUACCGUCAAUUAUGGCUGUGUUUCAGACUGAUAAUGGUGCAAGAGAAAUGGACCAGUUGCUUUUGCUACUUCAAACUCAAACCUCUUACCUGGGACUGAACUUGACAAUUCAAACACUUCCCUCAAGUUUGAGCUGGAAACUCUGAAGGGAGGGCCAAGAGAGCCUUCCUGGACAGCAAAUGACUGCUUCACAUUGAAGUGGAUUGUCUUUUUUUGAGGGGCAUGUUUAGUGGACCUCCAUGAGACUGGGUGUAAUUUCGCUCUAUGAAGUGCCAAGGUCUUUGUCUCUCACUACACCACUCUCUUUCAUGGAAUGCAGAUGCACUUGUGGAUGUUGUUGAUGUUUUGCAUCUUGAGUUCUCCGGAUGAAGGAACUUGAAUCUGCAACAGUCUUAAGUUAUUAGAGCUUGUUUUUCUUGUUUUUUUUUCGUUCUGCUUCUUCCUUUGACAUUUGACUGUGUAAUGUAAAAUGUAAAAACAAGUGAUUCUUUUAAUCAUCUUUUAAAUAAAUUAAAAAUGCAAA